UCACCCUCACGCUGCCCCCCUCGGUGCCCGGGGGAGACGCGGGGGAACUGAUCACAGCCGCACAUGAGCUUGGAGUUGCCCAUCCUCCUGGCUAUCCUUUGUUCACUCUGGUGGCUAAACUGGCCAUUAUACUAUUUCCUUUUGGCUCCGUUGCCUACCGGGUCAAUUUUCUGUGUGGCUUAUUUGGAGCAGCAGCUGCAUCAUUACUUUUUUUCACCGUUUUCAGGCUUUCUGGCUCACAUGCGGGAGGAAUCCUUGCUGCGGGGGUGUUUUCAUUUUCUCGUCUAACAUGGCAGUGGUCCAUCGCAGCAGAGGUUUUUAGCUUAAACAAUCUGUUUGUGGGGCUGCUUAUGGCUCUUACUGUACAUUUCGAGGAGGCAGCAACCGCAAAAGAAAGAUCAAAGAUAGCUAAAAUUGGUGCUUUCUGCUGUGGCCUUAGCUUAUGUAAUCAGCACACAAUAGUACUCUAUGUUUUGUGUAUAAUACCGUGGGUUCUCUUUCGACUUUGCAAAGAGAAGGAACUCUCCUGGGGCUCUGUGUUGAAGCUGAGUCUGUGCUUCUCUGCUGGUUUGCUGCCCUACAUCUAUCUUCCUAUCUCAUCCUGCCUCAAUCAAGCCCGCUGGACCUGGGGAGACCAGACAACGGUGCUGGGAUUUUUGACUCAUUUUCUCAGGGAAGAAUAUGGAACAUUCAAUCUGGCUAAAUCUGAAAUAGGAUCCAGUAUGUCUGAAAUUUUACUUUCUCAAGUAACAAACAUGAGGACUGAACUCUCCUUCAACAUCCAAGCCCUUGCAGUUUGGGCUAAUAUAUGUUUAGUAAGAAGGGACAGACAGAACCCAUCAUUAGUGUGGCUUUUUACUGGAAUGUUUUGCAUUUAUUCAUUGUUCUUUGCUUGGAGGGCAAAUUUAGAUAUUUCAAAACCACUUUUCAUGGGUGUGGUGGAGCGAUUCUGGAUGCAGAGCAAUGCUGUGGUGGCAGUCCUCGCUGGCAUCGGGCUGGCCACACUGGUUUCUGAGAGUAACCGAGUGCUGAACACCAAAGGCUUUCAGUAUCUGGAGUGGCUUUCAGCAGCUCUUUUUGUAAUUUACCAAAUAUAUUCUAAUUACAGCAUUUGUGACCAAAAGACCAACUAUGUGAUUGAUAAAUUUGCGAAGAACCUUCUAGCCUCUAUGCCUCAUGAUGCAAUUAUCUUACUCAGAGGAGAUUUGCCAGGAAAUUCUCUCCGUUAUAUGCAUUAUUGUGAGGGACUGAGGCCAGACAUUUCAUUAGUGGAUCAGGAAAUGAUGACUUAUGAGUGGUAUUUACCCAAGAUGGCAAAGCAUUUACCAGGUGUCAACUUUCCUGGGAACCGGUGGAAUCCUGUGGAAGGAGUAUUACCCAGUGGAAUGGUCACAUUUAAUCUUUAUCAUUUUCUUGAAAUAAAUAAACAAAAAGAAACGUUUGUUUGCAUAGGAAUUCAUGAGGGUGACCCAACCUGGCAAAAGAACUAUUCACUUUGGCCAUGGGGUUCUUGUGACAAAUUGGUUCCUUCAGAGAUCGUAUUCAACCCUGAGGAGUGGAUUAAACUUACAAGAAAUAUCUAUAACUGGACUGAAGAAUAUGGACGGUUUGAUCCAUCUUCUUGGGAAUCUGUGGCCAAUGAGGAGAUGUGGCAAGCAAGGAUGAAAACACCGUUCUUCAUUUUUAACCUGGCAGAAACUGUAAAUGUGCCUUCAAAUGUGAAAGCUCAACUCUACACUCACGCAUAUGACCUAAAUUUAGAGUUUCAACCUUUCUGCCUACUUUAUAAGGAGAUUGUCUAUUUUCAAAAGGAACACCCAGUGAAUUGGCAUAAGAACUAUGCCAUCGCCUGCGAGCGGAUGCUGCACCUUCGGGAAGGAGGCGCAGACCCUGAAGUCUUGUUAUCGGAAACCAUCAGACAUUUCCGCCUCUACACUCAGAGAGCGCAGAAUGACCCGCAGCUGGCUGAUAUUUCAGCUGCUCUAAAGCACCUAAGAAAAGAACUGCAGAGUCUGAGAAAUAGGAAAAAUGCCUGAGACAGCAAAAUGUGGAAAACCUGCUUGUCAUCCUGCUUCCAAAUUUUUGAGGUCCAAAACUUUUUCUUCAGAGAAAAGAAACUGAUAAAAAAUUGAAGACUUAAGUCACUUCCCAGAUAGAAGUAAUUGGGAGGGUUGGGGGUGGGGUGGUUGUGACUGAAUUGUGCUGUUUAUAUAAAAUCUGUUUAUCCCCUGUCCCCAAGUUAGCAUUUCAGGGAGAAUCUUCCGAACAUCCUUCCCACUUUGGCAACUUUUCACCUAAUGAUGUUGCUCCAUUAGAUUCUAAAAGAGAAUGGACUCUAUUCAUUUACUUAAAAUAUUGACUGUGCAUCUUUUAAGGGCCUUGCUUAUUGGGAUUAGCAAACAUUAAUUCUUCAAACAUUAAUACCAUACCAAAGACAUUUUCUGUUUCCCAAAAGUGGCUUUAAAAAAAAAAACCCACAAAAAAAGUGAAUCUUGUUUUGCUGCAAGUCAGAAUUCUUUUAUUUUUUAUUUUUUAUUAGCUGUGGUUGUUACAUAAUCUCCUGUUUCAAGCUAAACACCAACCGAUGAUAUUUUGAAAAAAGUUGGGGUUUUAUUGUCUUAGGCAAUUCUCUGAAAGCACUGAAAAAUAAAGCUAAUUCAUUGUUUGCUUUUUUCCAGUCGUGUAAACUGGUUGGCCAGUAAAAAGAAUUUUUUGAUUCCUUAAUUAAUUUUAUAUUUAUGUUUUGCUUCUGUUUGUGCUCAUAAAUCUGGGCCCAAUAAUUAGUAGGCUCCUGCUGCCAAAAUGCAAAAAAAAAAAAAAAAAAAAAAAAAAAAGAAGAAGGCGGGGCUUCGAGGGGGAGGAUGGGGAAAUGGUUCAAUAAAUUUAUUUUUGUUACAAGGAUCUUUUAUACAUAUUACUAAAGAGAACAUAGUAAGAAAUGCAAAUAAUGGUUCUUUAUUUUAUUAUGACAGUUAAUUAAUAGCAACCUGUUUUAAUGAAUAAAGUCACUCAGAGUCCUUCAGCACUUCCUAAGUAGAGGCCCGAAUCCGUAGGGAUUCUUUUCCCCCUGAUUGUAUAGCUCCGAGACUCCGAGCACUAUAUAGGCCCCUGUAUAGAAAUGCUCACUAAUGAAGAGGGAGGGCUAGAAGCUUGUCUGCAUUCAAAGAUCACUGGUGAGUCAUUCAGCAAGAAAAGGCCCCUUACCAGGAAUAGUCACAGUUCCGUGGCAUUGUACUAGCAAAAGGGUCUGAUCAAAGGUAUCCCGUGGAGCUUGCAUGGUUCCCUUUCAUACUACGACCAUAAUUAAAACCACUAAUUCUCUUUUAAAAUGCUGCAGGAUGCCAUGUAGGCAUCUGUCUGGAGUGUCCUUUGUGAUGUCAUAAGCUGUUAAGGACCAGCGCCGAGGGCUUUUGAGUGAAAUGCCAGUCAUGAAGGUGCUUCAAGACAAGGGUGCCUCUAAAAGCUUGACAGGGCCUUGACUGCACAAUUCGAGCUGAAUUUGCCCCUUGUCAGCUGCCAGUAAAUAAAUCUCAAAGGGGGAAAAGCUGAAGUUUCAUUACCUGAUCCAUGGGGCUUUGUUGGUUUUGGCACCACACAGGGGAAGCUCUUGCCCCUCCAUUCUCUGGAUUUGAAGAUGUCCAUUGGAGCCUGCAGUGCCUGGACAGGGUUCAGAGCGGAACCUUUUGAAGAGUGUCAAUAGUUGUAACAGUUCAGCUGUUAGGAAGACAAAUAAAUGGAGGAGCUCAUUAAUCCGCUUUUGGCUCUCAGUGCCUUUUGCCCUUUUAUCACAGCCUUAUUAGGCUCCUACUCAUCUUGAACCAGAAAAAAAUGAAUUGAAGUUGUUGAGUACUAAUUGGCAAAGACUUUUAAUCAUGGGCCAAGAACUUUCACUGACUUGAAAGUAACUUCUCCACAGGGAGGAACCGAAAACCUGGUUUACCUUAAAACAAAAACCUGUUGGAGUUCAGCGUGGUGUGAAAAUUUAAGGAAGCAUUGGCAAAUUGUCUAAGUUUACCCAUUUGAAAGAAAUUAUGUAAGAUUAUGAUUUCCACUUUUCUAAAAUCAAGUAUAAUAAAAAUCAUAAACGUUCCCUAGAAA